UCUCUCUCUUUCACUCAGCCUCUCUUUUUCACUCUUAGUCUCUAUCAGUGUCUCUCGCUCCCCCCUCUCUCUAGAUCUCUCUGUCGCUGUGGAGAGGAAAAGAGAGAAGACGUUGGUUCUUGGAGAUACUCGAGGAAAACAGGAAAAUAGCUGCUGCUGCUGCUGCUGGAAGUUAACAUGCAGCGCUGCAUGCCUUAAAUAAAACACACACACACACACACACACACACACACAUGCUCUGUGCGGCUGCAGCCAUGCCAGGAAUACCUGCUGAAUAUCUGCUGCUGCAUGGGACGUGAUGGAUACCGCUUCUACUGAUGGAAACUGACACCAGUGACAGCGACGGAGGAUAAUAAUGAUGGAAGGCAGAGUGAUUCUUCCCCAGCCAGAGCCACAGCAUUUCUCAACCACCCCUCUGUUGCGCAGCGCCGCUCCCUGAAGGAUACAUCGACCUUGACAUAUCACAGCGUGCAUGACAACCUGGCACGGACUGAACGGAAAGGUUGCCUCUCUUUGCCAAAAGCUGGAAGACAACAGGGCCAAAGCUUCGGGGACCAGGCGUCAGCAGAAAUCCACUCUGUCUUGCUGCAGUAACAAAUGAGCUUUUAUUUGUGACGUUAACAGUGCUAACAGCUGACUCCAUAAGGGCCAAUUACUGGCUGAAGGGAAUACGGGGCCAAGAUGAAGGAGACAGCAGUUGUGGCUUGUUUGCUGGCUGAGCUGUCUCUGGCUGCUUUUGUUCUGGCCUCUGAGGGGGCCGCUUAUUGCCCUGCAUUGUGUCGAUGUGAGAUACGACCCUGGUUCUCACCCAGCUCUAUUUACACCGAGGCUGCCACCGUGGACUGUAAUGACUUGGGACUCUCAACGCUACCAGAGAGACUCCCCUCAGAAACACAGGUACUGCUGCUACAGACAAAUAACAUAGUUAAUGUGGAGAAAACUUUGGAUUACUUGGUCAACAUCACUGAAAUCGAUUUGUCUCAGAAUAACAUUUCCUCGGUGAGCGAUGUUUGUCUGGGGUCUCUCCCCCAGCUGCUGUCACUCCACAUGGAGGAGAACUGGAUUCAGGAGCUAUCUGACAGCUGCCUCGCUUCCCUGCCCAACCUCCAGGAGUUCUACAUCAACCACAACCUGAUUUUCUCCAUUAGCCCCAGAGCCUUCCAGGGCAUGACCAGGCUGAUGAGGCUCCAUCUCAAUUCCAAUCGACUGACAAGCAUCAACAGCCAGUGGUUCCAGCAUCUCCCCAAUCUGGAGAUAUUGAUGCUAGGAGAAAACCCCAUCCUCGAGCUGUCAGACAUGAACUUUAAACCCCUGGCUAACCUUCGAAGCCUUGUGCUUGCCAAGAUGAAUUUGACUGAAAUUCCGGACAAUGCUCUGAUUGGCCUUGAGAAUUUGGAGAGCAUCUCAUUUUUUGACAACUUGCUGAUUCGAGUCCCCAGAGCGGCGUUGACGAGAGUCCAGAACCUGAAGUUUCUUGAUUUGAACAAAAACCCCAUUGAGAGGAUCCAGAGAGGUGACUUCAUGGACAUGAUGCAUCUCAAGGAGCUUGGCAUCAACAGCAUGCCUGAGCUUGUAUCCAUUGACAGUUUUGCUCUGAACAACCUGCCAGAGCUGACAAAAAUCGAGGCCACCAACAAUCCCAGGCUGUCCUACAUACACCCCAGGGCCUUCCACAAGCUCCCCAGGCUGGAGACUCUGAUGUUGAACAGCAACGCUCUGAGUGCGCUUCACCGCAGCACCGUGGAGUCCCUGCCCAACCUGCGAGAGGUCAGUCUGCACAGCAACCCCAUUCGCUGUGACUGUGUCAUCCGCUGGGUCAACAUGAACAGGACCGCUGUUCGGUUCAUGGAGCCUGACUCCCUGUUCUGUGUGGAGCCUCCAGAGUACCAAGGUCAGCACGUCCGACAGGUACAUUUCAGGGAGAUGACAGAGAUCUGCCUUCCUCUGAUCUCACCUGGGAGCCUCCCGGAUCGGGUCGAAGUCGUUAAAGGGAACUCUGUGUCGCUUCACUGCCGGGCGUUCGGAGAACCAGAGCCUGAGAUCUACUGGGUGACACCAUCGGGUGACAGGGUCCUACCUGGGAGUGUGUCUGAUAAGUACUACAUGCACCCUGAGGGAACCUUUGACAUCUACGAUGCCAUGGAGCAGGAAGCUGGCUCGUACACCUGCAUCGCCCACAAUCUUGUCGGGGCAGACCUCAAGUCUGUGAUGGUUGCGGUGGAUGGAUACAUUGCCCUGCCUUCAAAUCAACCUUUACAUGUAUAUAUCAGAUCUGUCCAGUCUUAUUCUGUUAUGGUUUCCUGGGAGAGCACAGGUGGUUUGGUAUCACAACUAAAUUGGUCCAUUUUAGCCGAUGGCAGCAGCCUCUUGAUGCCAUUCAAAGCCAGGCUUCCUGCUGAUGUCAAACAGUACAGCAUCAAACAGCUGAAGCCGUCCACUCGCUACCAGGUUUGUGUUGAAGUCACUGCAGCACAGCUUGGAUACAGCAGGGACUGUGUCAACGUGACCACAAAGGAGGCAACGGCCCCGAGGGAGAAAACUGAGAACUGGGACAGUCUGGUGAUGGCUACUUGUGCUGUCUUUUUUAUUGUGGUUACCGUGGCUUGCUCUGUCAUCUAUACAUCUCUGUAUAGCCAGGUGUUUUACAGGAAACUGAUAGCAGACCCGGCUGAAACACUGCUGAUUCCCAGCACUCAUUCCUCCUCUUCUUCUUCUUCUUUCCUGGAAUUUGGUGUGUCUGGGGUCAAGGUGAGGGCAACUGUAAUAGACUUACAGGACGACUCCAUGUAAGAAACGUCCUUGUCUGUAAAAGCACUUUGGGAUUAAGCGAAUAUGAAGAGUGAUGAACACUGGACAAUGUAAUUUACGUGCCCUCUUUUCACGACUUUGGAUGGGACAUUUUGCACUGGAACUCAGCUGGGUGGCAUCAUAGGAAAAUUCAUACGCAUUUACGUAACCGGCUAAAAGCAGAGACUAUUUUGUAUUUCAAACUUGUGUCAUUAUAACAAGCUUAAUCAGGCAGAUAUCUUGACUAUAAUCUACAUGGCUACUGGUCAUUCAUGCAGUGCAACCAGAGUUAAGCACAGCACAGGAACUAUUCUGUCUUAAGUACCUUGUUGAGGCUUUGAUGUCUGCAAAAGCAUUUUCUUUGCUGUGUUACAAUAAACGGUGCCAAGCGAAGAUAGUUUAUAACAGCAGAAAAAAAAAUCUUGUUAGUCUAGUGUUCAGUUAAACCGACUAUAAUGUAAACAAUUUUAUGAACAAAUACAUUUUUCAUUAAACCUGUGUGGUGUCUUAUAA